AUGAUAACCACCUUGAAACCUCGAGUUUCAAGUAUAUCCCUGUUCCUCACUCAAUUGACCUUGAGAAGAACAAUCACAAUCUCCCAAUCAUCAACCUCAUCCACUGAAUCCACCAAAACAACCACCGAAUCAACAAAUAUCCAAGAUGUUGAAGAAUUAGUAGGAUAUCGUACAUUAGAAACUGCAGAAUUCAAAGCAUUAGGCAACCCCCAAACAAUCCUUUCGAUAAACUCGCCACCUUCAGUUCCAAUCUAUGUCCGUCGUGGAUCAUUAUUGUCAAUAUAUGGAUUACAAGAAAUAUCCCUGAUUUCAUCAGUUAGAUCCACUUUAGAAUUCCCAAAAUGGUUUAAAAAAUUAAUAUAUGGAGGAUUUGUAUCUUCUUAUCAAAAAUUAAUUUCAACUACUCCAUUUUCAAUAUUAGUAACUUCAAUAUCAAGGACUUCUGGUUCUAGUGGCUCGGGUCAAAAAUCAUUUGUUUGUUUAUCAUUGGACGGAACUAAUGAUUGGGCCGUGUUGAAUAGAUCUGCUAUUCAGAUAUAUACUGGGAACUCACUAAAUCUUGAUAUGCACCCAUUACCUAGAACAAUAUCACGGAAAUUAUCUCAAAAAUUGAAUAUAUCAGGUCGAACUCCAACAGGAUUGAAUUCUUGGAAACAAUUAGGAUAUUGUUUGAUUAAUGGAAGAGGACAAGUUGGAUUAGUGGGGAAUGGAUCGGUAUAUAAUAUUAAUCUAGAUGAUGGGGAAGAAAUUUUGAUUAAUAAAAAGAAUUUAUUGGCUAUUACUGUGAAUGGAUCAAAUGAUUUACAAAAUUGUAUAGUUAAAUAUUCAUUCCCUGUGGAUGAGCAGGUCAUAGAAGAGGUAGAAACUCCCGCACCAGUAAAAUCAACAUCAUCAUCCACUCAAUGGGGAAAGAUUUCCAAUCAAUUAUAUCAUAUCCAGAAAUAUAUUUCAAAUUUCUUUGGAACAAUUGCAAAUUAUACCAAUUGGGGUAAAUCAAAAACUUAUAAUAUCCUAGUUGGAAAUCAAGAAUUCAUAAAAAUCAUCGGGCCCAGGAACAUCCUUCUCCAAUCAAACACGAUCACUGGUCCAUCCCGUCAGAGAUUAUACAAUAGAUCCGCCAAGUCCACCGCUCCACCUCCUGGUGAAUUUCUCCAACCUCAACCAACAGCAGAAUCACAGCCCGUUGACAAAACAAGUUCAGAUUAUUUAAAUUACGUAACAAUCAAACCAGGAAAGGGAGCAGUAUUCAAAAGUACACCCGAUUUUUCAGAACUGGUAAAACAAAUAGAAUCGUCUUCAAAAAAGUAA